AUGUGCAGGUGCAGCGCCUGCCGCCUGGGCGAACGUGAAGACAUCGAGGAGGCCGCCAUGCUUCGCGCGCCGGCGCUCGAGCCACGGGGCCUUUUCGCGGUACGCAUGUCUCGCCGCCGGAGUGGCAGCUGCUGCGGGGCUUCCCUCCGUGCAGCCUUCUUGACCCUUACCGUUGCGCUUUCCACCGUCCUCGGCAGCUGCUCCGUCGACGUCUCCAGCUCGAAUGAGCUGUUCGCCUCUUCUUCUUCGUCGACGGCAUUUUCUCGGCCUGCGCGGGCAGAGCAGCUGCUCGUCUCUUCUUCUCUCACCACGAGGACCAGGAGGAUACCGCUGAUGAGCGUGGAGCAGGAGCUUGACGCGGCACGGGCCGCGAUACAGCGAUCGGCGCGGCGUCGGCGGCGGGUUGAUCCCGGCCGUGGCGGUGGCAACGUAACCACGGCGGACACGUGGUUCGACGCUGGAGUGGAGCAUGCUCUCGUGGCCAGCGUCUACCGCAACCCGGCCGCGUUCCACCGGAGCUAUAGAGAAAUGGAGAAGCGGUUCAAGGUGUACGUGUACGAGGAAGGCGAGCCGCCGAUCCUGCACGCCGGCCCGUGCAAGAACAUCUACACCAUCGAGGGCCGCUUCAUCGAGCAGCUGGAGCUCAUGGCCCCGCCGGCGCGUCCGCAAGGAGGCCGUCGUGGCGGCGGUGCGCGCAGCGGCGUGCGCACGUCGGAACCGGCGCGCGCCCACGCCUUCUUCCUGCCGUUCAGCGUCUCCAAGAUGGUGCAGUUCGCGUACCGCCCCAACACCUACGACACAACCCCUCUCCGUGCCAUCGUCGCCGACUACGUCCGCGUCGUCGCGUCACGGCACCCCUACUGGAACCGCUCCGCCGGCGCCGACCACUUCAUGCUCUCCUGCCACGACUGGGGCCCUGAGGCGUCGAGGGGGCACCCGGAGCUGCACGCGAACGGCAUCCGCGCGCUCUGCAACGCCAACACCUCGGAGGGCUUCCGACCCGGGCAGGACGUGAGCGUGCCGGAGAUCAACCUCUACACGGGCGACAUGCCGCGGCAGCUCCUGGCGCCGGCGCCCCCGCUGGCGUCGCGCCCGUUCCUGGCCUUCUUCGCCGGCGGUCGGCAUGGGCACGCCCGCGACCUGCUGCUCCUGCACUGGAAGGGCCGCGACCCGGACGUGUUCCCGGUGUACGAGCACAGCCACGGGCAGCAGGACGGGCCGCUCGACUACUAA